AUGGAUGAUCCACCGUUGGUCUCGGCUCAGAUGGAGCAUGGCUCACUUCUGCUCCGGCAGCUGGAGAGGAUGAGAGCAGCCGAGCAGCUGACGGACGUGGUGCUGCUGGCAGAGGGGGUUCCCUUCGCCUGCCACAAGGUGGUGCUGUCUGCAUUCAGCCCUUACUUCCAGGCCAUGUUUACAUGUGGUCUGAAGGAGACCCGUGGAGGGGAGGUACCUCUCAGAGACACGCCGGCCCAAAGCCUGCAGCUGCUGCUGGACUACAUGUACCGAGCCGAGCUCCACCUCUCCAACGACAACAUCCAGAGCGUGGCUGCUGCUGCCUUCCUGCUCCAUGUAGACGGAGCCUUCAGGUUGUGUCAGAGCCACAUGGAGGCACGUUUGGACCCUUCCAACUGUGUCGGACUGUACCACUGGGCCAGAGGCCUGGGGGCCGCCCGUCUGGCCGACUGCGCUUUGAGAUACCUGCGCCAACACUUUGAACAGGUUUGUGAGGAACAGGAAGUGCUGGAGCUGGACGGCCAAAGUCUCGGGGAUCUGCUGGGUUCGGAUGACCUCAACAUCUCGCAGGAGGAGGUGGUGCUGGAGCUGGUGCUGCGCUGGGUGGAGAGGAGGAGGGGGGACCCGCGGAGUGAAGCCCAGGCCGUGGAGUUACUCCGGCGGGUCCGGCUGGAACUUGUGGACCCUGGAUUCCUCCGUAAAGCUUGGAGGAGAAACCCGGUUUUGCUGAAGGAUGCUGAGUGCUGUGGGAUGUUGGACGAGGCCCCCCAGACCUCCAGACCGGCCCUCCGUUACGGCAUGGAGACCACCGACCUGCUGCUCUGCCUGGGCGGGGUGAACAAGGAGGGAAAGCCUGCCCGCCGUGGAGGACUAGCCGACCUCAGUUUCUGCUUCGCCCCCCACGGAAGAAGGACUCACUACAUCCCCUCUCCACUGAGGGGGUGCGGAGGCUCGGGACAGAUCACAGCCGGGGCCGUGACCCGGGACAACGACAUAGUUGUGGCCGUAGAGGCGGAGGACCGACACAGGAUGAAGAGGGUGGAUGUCUACAGGUACGACCGUUCUGAGGAGAACCGCUGGGCGCCGCUGUGCUCCGCAGCACACCGGGACAUGUACGGGUUGGGGCUGUUGGGCGACGCCGUGUUUCUGAUAGGAGGCCAGGUGAGAGUGUCUGGUCACUACGUGGUCACGGACAGCGUGGAGAGAUGGUCGCUGAAGAGAGGAGGCAGCUGGCUCAGCUUCGCCCCUCUGCCUCUCCGCUUAGCCUGCCCCUGCACCGUCAGCCUGAAGGAGCAUCUCUAUGUGAUGGGAGGAUGGACACCUCAGCACCAGCCUCACGAUGAGCCCGACAAGCUGAGUAACCGCGUCUUUCAGUUCGACCCGGGCAAGGACAGGUGGACCGAGCGAGCCAGGAUGAAGUACUCCAGGUACCGCUGCGGCACGGCAGUCCUCCAUGGAGAAAUCUACAUUCUAGGUGGUAUAGGAUGUGAUGGAGAGGACUGUGGACAGUCACGUCGCUCUCUGAGCUCUGUGGAGAUCUUUAACCCGGAGACGGACACCUGGAGGGCCGGACCCACCCUGCCCACGUCUUUACUCACCCUCCAUACCAACGCCUCUAAUGUGGGAGCGGUGGAGGGCAAGCUCUACCUCUGUGGAUACUACAAGGGGGCCGGCCGUCAUGAGAUCAUCACCAAGGAGAUUUUGGAAAUGGACCCUGCAGACAAUGUGUGGACGGUGGUGCAAAGACGAGCAGCCAUGCAUGACAGCUAUGACGUCUGUCUGGUGGCGAACCUCAACCCUCGAGACCUCGUCACACCCUAA